AGCCGUCUCUUAACACGUUAGUUUAGUCUCCGCCAACAGCUGUGUGAAGUUGAACGAGCAUUUUCGAACGUUAUAACAGUUACACGCGCUUGUGGUUACUGAACGAUAAAAUUAUGUCAAAUUGUUUCAAAGUAAUAUUUUAUGAAAGCAAAUACUAGUUUUUGAAACUAAUCUCUUUUUUCUCUUGGUUUAUUUUAUCUUGUAUAAAAUCAAACUUUAUUAUUAUUAAAUGUAUAGCUUAUUAAUUGCAGAGCAAAACGUGACGAAACUUCAAUAAUAUUUAUAAGUGAAGUGAAGUGAUUUAAGGAUCAUAUUAAGUCAAGGUGAAUUCACGAAAACUUAAAAGUUUUGUCAUAACUAAUAAGUGACCUUAUUUCAAAUUGUCUAUGUUGAACUGGGUAUGACCUUCUAAAUGAAGGAGUCAUAUCCUGACGAUAUUAUGCUGUGUUUCGUACAAAGUUAUAGUGAUCGUGAAAAUGGAUGUACUAAAAAUGGGAAGGAAUGCAAUGGCACUGAGGUUUCUAAUUACAAGAAUUUAAAGAAAAAACACAGAAACAAGAGUGAUUCUAUGAUAAAAGAUUCCAAUAAAGAAGUUUGGGUACAAAGUGAUGUAGAAUUGAGAAGGUCAGAUCGAAAUGUUGUGGGAAAAUCAAAAGAUUCUAUUAGUAGAGUUCUGCCAGAGGUAAAGAGAAGCUUCAGUGAUAGAUUUUCUGUCAUAAGUGAUGUCAGCGGCAAAAAGGCUCCAAGGGCUCUGUUGACCAUACGAAAAACAUGGUCCACCGGGAACUUCUCGACUGGGGCGGCGGGUGGCGGGUGCGGGGCCCCUCGCUCUGCGCCCGCCACCCCGCUACAGCUGGAACCACACCGAUCCAAACAUGACAAGAAUGUAAAAGCGCUGUCGGGCUCGGCGCCGUCGAUGCGUGGUUUGUCUGGUGAUGAAGCAACGGAAGGCAAGCAGCCCAGCAAGUCCAGGCAGAAGAAGCUGAUGAGACACUUCCCUCAAGUUGGUCCCGAGGAACGGGUUCUCAACUAUUACUCAUGUGCGCUGGUCGGAGAUCUUCUUCUCCAAGGACAUCUGUAUAUAACCAAGAACUACUUCGCUUUCUAUUCAAACGUAUUCGGCUACGUCACCAAGUUACUAAUCCCUACGUCAUCAGUUCUACGUAUAACGAAGGAGAAGGUGGCUCGUAUAAUACCCAACGCUGUUGGCGUGUGCACACGAGACGAGAGGCAUGUCUUCGGAUCGCUGCUAUCUCGGGACUCGACCUACAAAUUGAUGAUGCAUGUAUGGAAGUCAGCGAGAACACCUGAACUAACAGUGCCUAAACCACCGGAACUUCGUACUUCGGAGAUAGAAGCAUCGGAGUACUCGCUCGAUGACAGCAGUUCGGGUGGCGCUGACACCGUUGACGCUCCUGACACUAUGAGACCUGAACCAGACGCCAUUAUAGCAGCCGCGGGUGCGGCUGUAAUCCAACCCGCUCUGUUGACGGGCGCCGCGCCGCCUCGCCGUCCGCCGCGCUACUGGCACGCUCUGCUGCUAGCGCUGGCCGUACUACUAACGUGCUCGGCAUUAUAUUUUGCAUACACGCUGUACUAUGUUGAUAAUAGUGAUGACGUGUCCGGUGAGGAGUUGUACGCGGAGUUAGUGAGAUGGCGAGCGAAGCUACACGGACGAGCUGCGGGUGAACUGCACGCCUUCCUCUCCACCAAUCUACUGCUGCUGGCUAAGGUGAGACAGUCGUUGGAGGCGUUGUCUGGAGUGAUCUUGACUGAUAUGUCUCAAGCUAAUAUGGAAGUCGAGCUCGAUGUACCAAACGAGACGGUCGUCAGUUAGCAAGACGGAUCCUAACGGGUGGGCAAUACAUUACGGACCUUCGUGAUCAUUGUUGAUCAUGGUUGACCAUGAUCAUGGUAAUGUUCUUGGAAGUGGUUGGGAAGGUGAUCAUGUUAGUGAAAGUUGUCGUUAUCGUGGUCAUAUAUGUGAAGUGAUCGUGAAUGACCAUGAUCAUGUUCGUGAAUGAUCGUGAUCAUUUUUUAGUUGAGCCACAUUCGUUUUAGGACCUGCUUCGCUUUCACGUCCUUUUACGUAGCGUUCUGUGAUUUGUUUGGGAUUUUUUUUUAUAUUCUAUUAAGUAUAGUUGAGUUAACUAUCCAAAGAUGUUCUGGUUUAUGUGAUUUUGUAUAUACGGUAACAAAUUGAAGCCUAUAAGGCGUAGGUCAUAUUGAAUGUGUCAAACACGUUAGGUUAAGUAUGUACCAGUGUAAUUUGAACCGUGGCUUGGUCGAGUUGUCUGUGGCUAGUUACCACUAUUUAUUCAUUUUAAUAAUAUCGGAUUCAUUAUUAUUAUUAUAAAUACUUUUAAUUCCUAAUAUGGUCAUUUUUAACAAAAAAAUUCUAUAAUUAUCAAAUAUAAUAAACUAAAAAAUGCUUCGCUUCUAAAAGUAAUCGGAGAAGUGUAGUUUUUAAUGAAAAUGCAUUUGUUUUAUAAUAAAAGUGAUUCUGUUUAAAAAUAUGAAGAGGAAUUAAAUAAUAAUUUUGAAUGUGAUAUAUAGAGCUGGUGCUAGAUAAUAGCGAACGACAUUCCUUGAGACAGUUUGAAUAAAUGAAAGCUGAUUGUUUUAAAAUGAAAUAAAAACAGUAAGACAAUAUUAUUGAUAUUAAAUAUAAAUGCUCCGUAAAAGCUCCUUCCCUGCUCCGACGGGAGACAAAUGUAUUAAUUUUAUUUUUAUGAUUGGCCAAAUAUAUCUUGCCAGUACUUUAUUGACCUUGUACUUCUGGUAGCAGUGCAUUCGUGUUCAGUUUGUAUGAGGCAUAACCUUAUAAUAUAUUUUGGAUUGCAUUAUUAAUAGUAAGAUUGUAUUCACUAAAUUGCUCAACGGCUGUAUUUAGUAUCCCAACAAGGGAGUGCAAUCAGAAGCUUCAUAUUAUUUGUUAUUCUAGUCUGUAGUAAAGCUCAACUUGCAUGUUCAUUGAUGUUACUUUCUUUUCAUCUGAUAUUCCAUAGCGUUCUUAUGUAAAGUAAUUAAACAUAUUAUUUAUUUAAUUUAUUAUUAUAUAUUUCUGUAUAGACAGAUAUCUUUCCACUGCUGUUACCGGUGUGCCAAAGUAUCACUUGUAUGGCAAAUAGUUAAAAUAUUUUGGGCUGUUUUCUGAUAAUUAUUGCCAAAGACAAAACAGUAGUUUAUAUUAAAUUGUAGGUUAGUGAUUGUACAAUAUCCCAUAGAUAGUUAUCAUGUAAAGUUUGCGAAGGCUUGAGUUGUGUCCGUAUAAUUUUUAACAAUUUUUAUGUAGAUCUGUCUGUCGACAUACACCAUGUAUGAACACAGUGUUGUUUCUAUGGACAAUCAAACAAAUGUUAUGUAUAAAUAAAAUAUGGUAUCAAGAACUGUUACAAAUAUAUGCGAUUAAAAUUGUAUUAUAGACUUGGUUUUCUUUUGGAUGAAGUCUUCAUUUUGAAGGUCAUGUUGGUGUAUGGAACAUUGUUAACUAAGUUCGUUCAGACGGUGUAAGUGCAAUCAUGAAUUCGUUAAUUUAAUUUGUCGUAUGUUAAGGUCUUUGUUAUGCGGUAAUUUUGUAUGAUAUAAUUGGUAUUUGUUUGUUAUUUUAUGUAAAUAAUAGAUAAAGGACUUUAUCGACCAUA